AUGUUUUUAAAAGGUUGUCGGUUUGCAGAAGUAAGACAGGAAGCAGUUCAGCAGGCGCUUGCAGAGAUGCAGAACCGGCCCAAGCCUUCUCUUCCUAUGCCAUCGAAACGAACGUCGAUGAUGGCUAAAAGUCCUGAUAGAGAGAGACAUGAUCUUUCAGCUUCGAGUUCUGAUGAAGACUCGUGUGCUGGUGACUCUGAACUGCCACCGCCGCCCGAGCUGGGCUCUCCCCCUGGUCGCCGUCCAGCUGCACCUCACCCCCGCGGGCACCCUCCACCCCUCCCACAAAUGCACCAUCAAAGAGAGAAAAAGCACGCGCCCAGGGAAAAAACAGAGAUCGACUUGUCAGACAUCACGCAUCUGCCAGCGUAUAUCCAGCCGGACGUAACUCACACGACGUCUGGAGCGCGUCGCGGCGGCGCCCACAUCGCCGAUCGCGUACAAUGCUACGCUCAACCAGAGGACACUGGCACUGGCACUGGCAGAUGGAAGGUGUCCGCAAAAAUACAACAAUUACUAAACACAUUAAAGCGGCCUAAACGCCGACCACUGCCAGAGUUUUACGAAGACGAUGACAUUGAAUUAGAGAUAGCUGCUAAUCCUAAAGAUCCAAAUGCACCCAAACCAGAGGGCGGUACAAUGACUCCAGCGGUUGGGGAGCAACUUGUCGUGCCAGCAGGGCUACCACGAAACCUAGAAGCCGCUUUACAAAGAUACGGAACAGCGUCGUUUAAAGCAAAUGUUGCCACUGUACUCGAUCCCAAUGGAAAGCUUAGUAAUUCCCUCACUUAUGGAAAGCUUUUGAGCCGUUCACUGAAAAUAGCUCACGCGGUGCUAAAUAAAACGUUCACAUCAAAAAGUAGUAGCGGUGGUCCUCUCACUGGGGACAAUUCAAUUAAGCCGGGCGACAGGGUGGCCCUAGUGUAUCCGAAUAACGAUCCUAUAAACUUUAUGUGUGCGUUCUACGGGUGCCUUCAGGCGGGCAUAGUGCCCGUUCCCAUAGAGGUGCCUCUCACACGACGUGACGCCGGACUUCAGCAAGUCGGUUUCCUCUUAGGCUCCUGUGGCAUUCAGUACGCCCUCACCUCUGAUGCCUGUUUAAAAGGUCUACCAAAGACGUCAUCAGGCGAUGUGGUUUCCUUCCGAGGGUGGCCAUCAUUGCAAUGGGUGUCGACAGAGAAGUUGCCGCGGCCCCCCCGCGACUGGAUACCCCCGCCGCGCCCCGCAGAGGACAGUCCCGCGCACAUAGAGCACACGUCUGCAGCAGAUGGCUCGGCCAUGGGAGUUAUUGUUACUAGGUCAUCAAUGCUAGCUCACUGUCGUAUGCUAUCAGUGGCCUGCAAUUAUACGGAGGGCGAACACAUGGUGUGCGUGUUAGACUUCAAGCGGGAAACAGGACUGUGGCAUGCUGUUCUUGCGAGUGUCCUAAACGGCAUGCACGUCAUAUUCAUUCCUUAUGCUCUCAUGAAAGUCAGUCCAGCCUCUUGGAUGCACAUGAUCACAAAAUACAGGGCAUCGGUGGCGAUCGUCAAGUCACGUGACCUGCAUUGGGGUCUACUGGCGACACGUGACCACAAAGAGAUUUCACUUAGUUCCCUGAGAAUGCUUUUGGUCGCGGAUGGAGCUAAUCCUUGGUCUCUGUCGUCGUGCGAUCAGUUCCUCUCCGUGUUUCAAAGCAAAGGUGUGCGUGGCGAUGCAAUAUGCCCAUGCGCCUGCAGCAGUGAGUCUCUCACAGUUUGCGUGAGGCGAGCAGGGCGCGGGGGCUCGUCCGCCGGCCGCGGGGUGCUCUCCAUGUCGGGACUCUCAUAUGGUGUCGUCAGAGUGGACGCUGAGAACUCCCUAACAUCACUCACCCUGCAGGACUGUGGACAGGUUAUGCCGUCUUGCGUGAUAGUUGUAGUGAAAAUGGAGGGUCCAGCUUUUCUUUGCAAGACGGAUGAAGUGGGGGAGAUAUGUGUGCUCUCUGGGGCCACCGGGUCUGGCUAUUGGGGACUGCCCGGUCUCACUAACACGGUGUUCAGAGUGCAACCCCUAGACUCGGAUGGGGAGCCCAUAGGAGAGGAGCAUUAUAUUCGAAGUGGAUUGCUUGGAUUUCUUGGACCGGGGGGUUUAGUAUUCGUGUGCGGGUCUCGCGACGGUCUGAUGACGGUAACCGGCAGGAAACACAAUAUGGACGAUAUCAUAGCCACAGUGCUGGCUGUGGAACCCAUGAAGUUUAUCUACAGAGGUCGCAUAGCAGUGUUCUCUGUACGCGUGUUGCGCGAUGAGAGAAUUUGUAUAGUUGCUGAGCAGCGGCCUGACUGUGGAGAGGAGGAGUCGUUCCAGUGGAUGUCCAGAGUAUUACAAGCGGUGGAUUCGAUACAUCAAGUUGGCAUAUACUGCCUCGCCUUGGUUCAACCGAACUAUUUACCAAAAACACCACUAGGAGGUAUACAUCUUAGUGAAUGUAAAAGACGGUUCCUCGAAGGCACCUUACACCCGGCUAACGUACUGAUGUGCCCACAUACGUGUGUUACUAAUUUACCUAAACCAAGGGAAAUACAUUCAGGAUAUUUAGAUAAUAAUCUUUCGUCAGAUGUGGGUCCAGCAUCAGUGAUAGUCGGCAAUCUGGUACAAGGGAAUCGGCUCGCCUCGGCACAAGGCCGUGAUAUGGGAUACACGGAUGAUUCGGAUGCUGCCCGCAAGUAUCAAUUUAUAUCACAAAUACUAAGGUGGAGAGCGCAGAGCACGUCCGACCAUGUGAUAUUUACAUUGCUCAAUUCGAAAGGUGCCGUGUCCAAAGUGCUCACUUGCGCUGAGUUGCAUAAGAAAGCAGAGAGGAUUGGCAAUCUGUUGCUAGAGAAGGGUCGAGUCAAUACUGGCGACCACGUGGCUCUGAUAUUCCCACCGGGACUUGAUCUCAUUUGCGCAUUCUACGGCUGUCUGUACGUAGGCGCAGUCCCGGUCACAAUUAGGCCACCUCACCCUCAGAACUUGCACACGACUCUUCCCACAGUACGCAUGAUCGUGGACGUUAGCAAGGCCACCCUAGUCCUGUCCAACCAAUCUGUGAUAAAGCUACUUCGCUCCAAAGAAGCGAGCAGCGUCCUCGACAGCAAAGCCUGGCCCAUCACCCUCGAUACCGACGAUAUGCCCAAGAAAAAACUCCCCAUAUUAUAUAGGGCGCCGACCGCAGAAAUGCUAGCGUACUUGGACUUCAGCGUCUCAACAACGGGAAUGCUCGCCGGCAUCAAAAUGUCGCACGCGGCCGUCACUUCCCUCUGCCGCUCGAUGAAGAUUGCCUGUGAAUUGUAUCCAUCACGCCAUAUAGCUCUAUGUUUAGACCCGUACUGUGGUCUGGGCUUUGCUCUCUGGUGUCUCAGUAGCAUCUACUCCGGGCAUCACUCCAUCCUAAUACCGCCAUCGGAAGUAGAAAUCAAUCCAGCGCUGUGGUUAAGCGCGGUUUCUCAAUACAAAGUCCGCGACACAUUCUGCUCGUACGGCGUAAUGGAACUCUGCACUAAAGGCCUCGGUAGCUCCGUCAAUCAACUGAAAGCGAAGGGAAUAAACCUAGCAUGUGUCAGGACUUGUGUAGUUGUAGCAGAAGAACGGCCUAGAAUCAAUUUAACAAAUUCCUUCUCUAAACUAUUUUCGGCGUUAGGGCUCAGUCCGCGUGCUGUUUCGACAUCCUUCGGCUGUCGUGUGAAUAUCGCCAUCUGUUUGCAAGGAGCAUCUAGUCCAGAACCUUCUACGGUCUACGUGGACCUCAGAGCGUUGAGGAACGACCGCGUAUCUCUAGUCGAGCGCGGUAGUCCACACUCUUUAUGCUUAAUGGAAUCUGGCAAGCUAUUACCCGGAGUGAAAGUCAUAACCGCCAAUCCAGACACUAAAGGACAAUGCGGAGAUUCUCAUUUAGGUGAGAUAUGGGUACAGUCGCCUCACAACGCGAGCGGCUACUUCACUAUCUAUGGCGACGAAAGCGAUUACGCGGACCACUUCAGUGCUCAAUUAGUGACCGGUAAUACGGGAGAGGUGUACGCCAGGACCGGGUACUUAGGAUUUUUGAGGAGGACUGAGAUCAGUACGACGAGUGGAGCGGACGAUUCUACGUCCUUGCUAGCUCGGGAUAGUGACACAGAAUCUUUGGCUUCGGCUUGUGGGAGUGUAUCAGGACUAGGCUCCGACUCUCACGACACUCACGAUGCUGUGUUCGUAGUGGGAGCUCUGGACGAGACGAUAAUGCUUCGGGGCAUGAGAUAUCAUCCCAUCGAUAUUGAGAACUCCGUUAUGAGAUGCCACAAGAAAAUUGCCGAGUGUGCGGUGUUCACGUGGACGAAUCUGCUAGUGGUGGUAGUGGAGCUGGACGGCAACGACAGUGAAGCCCUGAACCUGGUGCCACUCGUCACCAACACAGUGCUCGAGGAGCACCACCUCAUAGUGGGGGUGGUGGUGGUGGUUGACCCUGGAGUGGUGCCAAUCAACUCACGUGGCGAGAAACAACGCAUGCACUUGCGGGACGGCUUUCUCUCCGACCAAAUAGACGCUAUAUAUAUAGCUUACAAUAUG